UUAUGUAAGUGGCUUCCAACAAAAAAGAUAUAAGGGGGAAAAUGAAUGAGCUAAUUUAAGUGGUAGAGAAAGCAAAGGAGGGAAGAGUUGUUGAAUCCAUAACUAUGCAUUGCUAUUUGGCAACACAACAACCUAUUUUAUUUGUCUCUGUGUAUGUUUGUUACAAUAUCCACCACAACCAUACAGCCAACACCGCCGUAUGGGGAAAAGGCCGCCGUUCUCCACCGACAUUGAGGCGGCUCGCUAUCCCCCGCCACCACCUCCUAAUUUCCAUGCCUCACAAACAAAGUUGUGGUUUUCAUGGUUGGUGCCACUCAUUUUUUUAGCCAAUAUUGCAAUGUUUGUGUAUAGCAUGUAUCUCAAUGAUUGUCCUGGUUAUUUGAAUGAUGAUGUUUGUCUUUUCUCUCAAUAUUUGGGAAGAUUCUCUUUUCAACCUUUCAAUGAAAAUCCUCUCCUUGGCCCUUCUGUCCGCACGUUGAGGGUGUUAGGAGCACUUGAAAAGGACCUAGUGGUGGGUGAAAAUGAAGCAUGGCGAUUCUUUUCUUGCAUGUUUCUUCAUGCAGGAGUUGUACAUUUACUUGCCAAUAUGUUUAGUCUUUUAUUCAUAGGAGUUCGGCUUGAGAAGGAAUUUGGAUUUUUGAGAAUUGGAUUAUUAUAUUUGUUUUCUGGUUUUGGUGGAAGUUUGUUAUCAAUUUUGCAUUUGAGAGACUCUGUAGCACCAAAUACCAUAUCAGUUGGUGCAUCUGGUGCACUUUUUGGACUUCUUGGAGCCAUGCUUUCUGAGCUUCUAACCAAUUGGACUAUCUAUGUAAAUAAGUGUGCAGCUCUUACAAGUCUAUUGCUCAUUAUUGGUCUAAAUUUGGCUGUUGGAUUUCUACCUCAUGUGGACAAUUCAGCUCACAUAGGAGGAUUCCUUGCAGGAUUUUUCCUUGGUUUUGUUAUUUUAAUGCGCCCUCAAUUUGGAUAUGUGAAUCGCAAAUAUUUGCCUCCCGGACAUGAUGCAAAACGCAAAUCAAAGUACAAAUUCUAUCAGUAUUUGUUCCUGAUAUUGUCGGUCAUCAUCUUACUUCUCGGAUAUGCAUAUUGCUUAGCUUCACUGUACUUAGGAAAGUCAGAUGAAAUGUUUUCCUAUUAGAGAGAUUCCGAUUCCACAGCCUGUUCUUCAAGUUUUUGUGUACACUCCAAAAUCUCCUUUUUUUAGAAGUGUAUAUAGCAGUACAUGUCUUAUAAAGAAAGGACCCUCCAAUUUCUUUUGAUUCAACACUUGCGCAUGAUCAUGAAUGCUUCUCUGAAUUCUGGUUUGAAACUCUAUCUUAUUUCCAAGUACAUGAUCAUUCGUACGUCAUUCAGAAGAAACAUAUCCGAAUUCGACUGCAUGAAAUGAAUUA